AUGGGGCGCAACCCGCCGAGUUACCUGGGCCAGGAAGACCCUGAGAUAUUAGAGAGCUGGAUCCGUACUUUUGACAAAUUGUUCGACGUGGUCAACUGUCCGGAAGAUCAACGAGUGGAGACAACUGUGUACUAUCUUCAGGAAGAGGCUGAUCACUGGUGGGUGAUGGAGGGCCCGACACUUAAGGAGAAAGAGGACUUUGAUUGGGAGAUGUUCAAGGUCACUUUGAGAGGAAGAUUCAACCCCGAGCAUGUCAAGGCUGUUAAGUAUGAGGAAUUCUUGCAUUUCGAGCAAGGGAGCAUCAAAGCCUGCAAGUUUGUCCAUGGAUUGCACUAUGAUGCUCAGAAGCUAUUUACUGCUGCAAAGUUUGCCACUUUGAAUGAAUCAUAUGACGCAGCUGCCGGACGCUCCAGGAUUCAGCAACUACAUAGGAUUGCCCUGCACGGACCGAAAAAGAUGAGCGAGGGGAACAACUCACAGUCAAGUAAGGUGCAAAGAUUUAAUCCAGUGGUGAGAAAUGACAACCGAAAUGGAGAAAUGAGGAAUCCGGUGGUAGGACAGGGAGUUGGAGCUAGAGGGUUAUUUAGUGUGAGGAACGUGGCUUGCCCAAGGUGUGGUAAGGAUCACCCUCGGACUACUUGUGGAGGAGGAUCCGUUACAUGUUUCAAUUGCGGGAAGCCGGGGCAUAGAGCCGCCGUUUGUUGGUAUCCAAAGAUGGAAAGAUCCCACAGUACAACCCCGAGUCAGCAGCCUAGAGGCCAGUUCAACCAGGCACCAAACCGAGGAAUGGGUCGUGGAAAUUAG